AGUGGAGUCCUGAGUGUCUGAGUGGCCUGCAGAGUGGAGCUGACAGCGGAGAAUGGAGAGCAGCGCGUCCGCUCGGCGAGCUCUGACCGAGGACAACCCGCCCGGCCCUUCGCUUCUAAGGCCAGCCUGCUGAGAGACACCGGGAGGAAUUAGCUGGAGGGGGGAGGGGGGUGGCAGAGGAAAGGAAUGGCUGAUCCUCUGCGGAGGACUUUACUAGCAAAACUACGGGGGAAGAAGUCCAAAAAAGGAGCGACGCUCAGCGGUGGAUACGGAUCUGCUGCUGCGGCGCAUGGUGGCCCUGAAGGUAAAGAAAAAGUUUUCCCUGAGGAGAUCCGCCCGGUAGUUUUGGAUUCCACCACAGAGAGAAUGAGUACAUAUGAGAAUCACGUUGAAGGAGCGCUGGUGCAAACCGAGGGGUUCACAACAGUCCCGAUUUGCGCAGCCGCUGGCUCAUGUCCCCAGGAUCAGAGCAGCGGGGGCAGGGUUCACGUUAAUGAGCGGCUCCUAGGAGCCCCACUUCAAAGAGACACGCAGUUUGCUGGGGAGGGGUCCGGGGGGGAGGAAAGCAGCCUCUGGGAGCCCGCAUCUGCGGGGAUUUCACUCAAAGGACCACAUGUGCAGAUAAAGCGCUUCGUCUGUGCGCAGAGGCAGUGCAGCGUCGGGGAUUCUAUCGGGUUCGGGGACAGCUCCGGUCACGCGUCACACCGCGCGCAGGUAGGCGCACGCGCAGGGUUCGUUAGAGCGGCUGUGGCUUGGGUUGCAGGUGGUGAGGGGCCAGAGAUCAAGAGCCGGGGACACUCCCGGCACAUGGCAGGGACUGUAGUAGCAAUCCACGCAAACAACACCUGGAAUGUUGACAGCCCCGCUUUGGAGGCGUACACGCAAAGUUGCGUGCAUCCAAACUCAGAAGAAAAUGUUUUAAUUAGAAGCAUUGAGAGUUAUGAGUCUGGAUGUGAGCGGCUCAAUGGAGAGACAUCAGGAUGCCCUCUGAGCCCAACUGUUUUCCCUACUGACUUACAAAUGUGUGACUUUAAAAUCCAAUCUCUUUGCACCACAGAGGGGCCACCGGGCUACCCUUUAGACAGUGAAGAUGAAGAUUAUUACGAUAAUGAAAUUCUGCCCUUUUAUGAGACAGUUAAACCAAAAACUGAUGAUAGGGUGGAGGCCACAGAGCUGCAGGUAGAUGAUGGUGAGAUCACCCAGGAAACAGACAGACUUAGAACACAGCUGCAAGAAGCCUAUUAUCUUCUCAUUAAUGCUAUGAAUGAUAUCAGUUUGGAUGUUCAUCAGAUUAAUGGUGGCUCAAGUGAGCAGCAGGCCAUUUCUUCCUGUAGUAGUCAUUCAAGAGACAGUCUGUGCUCCAGGCUGUCUGUUAAAAAUACAGACAGUGACUCCUGGUCCUCAGGAGGGAACCACAGUUCUCAGCAGCUUUCUGACACCGAAUCACUUCUGCUCUGCCUCACUGGAAAGCUGGAUUCAAAGGCAAGGCUGAUCAGUAAGAGCCUGUCCAGAUUGUCACUGACCAUAAGACCCACAUUGCAGCGAUCUGCCAGUGAUGACAGUAUCAGGUAUCCUGUAUCCUCAUGUUGUAACCAAGUAAGCAGACAGGAAAGUGUAGAGGCUUGUGUAAAAGAAGCUUUCGAGUCAAAAAAGCAUGGGGGGACUGAUGCCUUAAAAGCAGGUGAGAUGUCUGAGCCUAAGGAACCUUGUCGUGCAGUCAGCAGCGAGGAACUAUUGCAAAAGGCCGCAGGUGAGGAGGACUACGGGGGGCAGCUGAAUGAGAGCAGCGGCUCGGUCAACAGCCUCACAGGUUCUACAGACAGCAACAGUGAACCAGGAAUCCAUCGGGGUCAGGAGAGCAGACGGGAGCUGGCUGAGGUCCGGGCUCAGGUGGUCCGAUCAGCCAGGAAAGGCCAUGGCGUUACUGUGAACAAGAUGCAAGAGUGGAUGCACAAGGGUCGUCUGCUUUCAUCAGAGAUGAAACAGCGCAUCGAGGGUUCAUCUUUACCUCUAGGUGGAGGUCAGAAUCUGGAUUGGUCCUCCCCUAAGGUUAACCACGGAGGCUGCAAACCAGGCGUCCAGGUCCGAGGGAAUAAAUCAAUCAAGGUUAAAUCGUCUACAAUCAAGUCAACAAGCCAGCUUCAGCAGCCAGCUUUCAUUGAGAAUUUCCACACCCCAUGUGUAACGGGAAGAGAGGCAGGCAGACUGCCCAACGAGCCUUCAUCAUGGAGCCCACAGCUCACCACCACCAUCACCGUGUCCAAAAAGCGCAACUGGCUGCAGCAGAGCUCUCAGCCAAAAAGUCACUGCACCAGGGAUGAGCUGCAAGGGAUUGUGGGAGCUGAGGAAGGCAGCCAGGGCUCCCAUCAGCUUUCUCCUAGCCCCAUUCCUCUGCCAGACGUAAGAUCCACAGUUGGAGCAUCGCCACGGCCAGUACAUCUGCUGAUCCCUCAGGUGGUUGUUGGUCAGUCUAAGGUGUCUCCCCAUCCUCGGAGUGUAGACCCAUCCGAAGAAAACGAUGCAGAUGAUGAGGGGGAGAUUUGGUACAACCCAAUCCCAGAGGAUGAAGAACCAGAACUUUCCCGGCGGCCUUGCAUACGGCUGGUCGUCCCUCCUCGAGGCGAAGUGCAGAGGAGGCCUGGCAUAGGAGGAGAUUUGGCUCACGUUGGCUGGACUGUGGAGAGCUCUAGUGGGCUGGAUGCAUUCGUGGAAGGUCCUGGUAGUGGUUCUGGAGAGUUGAAUCAGGGGAAUGCUGCACAUUCCACGGAGGCCAUGCAUCUGCACAGACAGAUGCUUGCGUGCAAGCAUCCAGAGGAGGGGGGGGCCUGCACCAGCAGACCAACAGAUGGACUUGACCUGCCCAAUGCUGUUAGCUUCUCACCUCCAUCCAGCCCAAACCCAACCAAGAAGAGCAGCUCCAUCAACUGGUCUUUCCCAGACAAGAUCAAGUCCCCGCGUACAGUCAGAAAGAUUUCCAUGAAGAUGAAGAAGCUCCCCGAACUUAGUCGAAAACUCAGUGUAAAAGGGACCCAAAAUAACAGUGCGAGUAGCAGUGGAAACAAUCAGGCAGAGCCAAGAUCACAUUCUCCCCGGGUCAACGGCAGUGGAUCUGACGCGGUUUCUCAGACUUCAGGCCCUCCUCGGUUGGUUCCAUCCGGAGGCGGGCAGGCGAGCCGUAACGUAAUCUCCCGAUAUCACCUUGACAGCAGCGUUUCAACGCUGCAAAGCUUUAACAAGAAGAAAACUAAUGGCAGCUCAAAGUCAGCUAGCAAAGGAGGCUACCUGAGUGAUGGUGACUCACCAGAGCUGGUUGCCAAAUCUGGUAAACACGGAUCUGCUGAGGGGAAGGGUGGGAAAAGCAAAGAGACGGAGGGAGGAAGUUCUAGACUAAAUAGCACAGAGCUGGACAUUGAUGCUUUCCGUCAUUACAGCUUCACAGAUCAGCCCAAGUGCAGCCAGUAUAUCUCUGGACUGAUGAGUCUCCAUUUUUACGGUGCUGAGGACCUCAAACCUCCACGCAUUGACUCCCGUGAUGUUUACUGUGCAAUUCAGGUUGACUCCGUUAAUAAAGCACGAACUGCUCUUCUCACUUGUCGAACAUCCUUCCUGGAUAUGGAUCACACCUUUAACAUUGAGUUGGAGAACGCCCAGCACCUAAAGCUUGUGGUGUUCAGUUGGGAACCCACGCCCAAACGGAACCGUGUCUGCUGCCAUGGCACGGUGGUCCUGCCUGCUCUCUUCAGAGUAACACGUACACAUCAGCUGGCAGUGAAGCUUGAGCCACGCGGGCUGAUCUACGUCAAGCUGAACUUGUUGGAACAGUGGCAGAACUCGUUGGACGGUGGACCAGACGGAGACAGGGAGCCACAGGUGUUUGGAGUGGAGGCGUGGCGGGUCGUGGAGAGGGAAAACACUGGGCUAUUGGUGCCACUGAUCAUAUGGAAGUGCAUCAACGAGAUCGAGAGAAGAGGAUGCCAGGUGGUGGGUCUCUAUCGCCUAUGCGGCUCUGCAGCGGUAAAAAAGGAGCUGCGUGAGGCCUUCGAGAGAGACAGCCAAGGCGCGGAGCUAUGUGAAAGCAUGUAUCCGGACAUCAACGUCAUCACAGGAGUACUGAAGGACUACCUGCGUGAACUUCCCUACCCUCUGAUCACCAAGCAGCUGUACGAGGCAGUGCUGGAGACUAUGGCCACCAGGCCUCUCAAGAUGGGAGCUUCUGGGUGUGAAAACGAUCAGGCAGACUCAGAGUAUACUGUGAGUCUGUUGGAAAUCCUGCCGGAGGUGGAGAGGAUGACUUUGCGGAAGCUUCUCGACCACUUGAAGCUGGUGGCGUCCUACCAGGAGAUGAACAAGAUGACAUGUCAGAACCUGGCUGUCUGUUUCGGGCCGGUGCUGCUCAGCCAACGUCAGGAGGCGUCCUACCAUACCAACCGCGUCUUCAUCGACUCGGAGGAGCUGGCCAGCGCACUGCACUUCAAAAAACACAUUGAAGUCUUGCACUACCUGCUGCAGCUCUGGCCAGUUGUGGACCCAAAUGAACAAGGCUCCCCUCCGCCCCCUGCAGCCUCUCUGGCUCCAACCUCCUUCGACCUUCUGUCAGCCCCUCCUUUGAGACGUAGAAAAGAGCGCCCCCAGUUUCUAAACCUCAGCGAAGCAGAGAUAGCGGGUGUUCUACGACCCAAACCGGGACGUCUGGACAGCCCCAGCAACAGAUACGCUGGUGACUGGAGUGGCUGUGGUGAGCGCUAUUUCCCCUCUGAAAUGCUGUUGCCUCCCAGCAAAGAAGAGGCAGACUACGAUGACGUGCCUUCUGAGGAUACGGAGGUGGUUGAAGAAGUUCAGGAGAAGGACACAGCUGAGGAAGAUGAAGAGGAGAAGAUCCUCUGUGAUCCUGUCUUGGAGAAAGAAUCUGGAAGAGAGGAGUUGGUGAAAAAGGGGGAAGAAGAAGAGAGAGAGAAAGAAGGCGACAGUGAUAGCUCAAUUAACAGGCAGGCUUCUGAAGAGGAGGAAGCAGAGGAAACCGUGUUUAACCAUAUCCUGCCGACUCGGUUGCCUAAGGAGCACACUUACCAGGCUUACAUGAAGAUUCAGGACAUCAGUCCUGUUCUGAGCAACAGGGUGAACCUGAGAGACCUGCAGGAAAGCAUCGACACUCUCAUAGGCAACCUGGAGCGAGAGCUCAAUAAGAACAAGCUCAACGUUGGAUACUGACUACUAUACAGGCACAUACAUAUCCAUUUGUUGACUCAUAAACACAGGUGAGGUUUGGGGAGGACCUACUGUACUGAUCAAGGUGCUUCACUAAUAGUCACAGUGUUUCCACAGUCUUGUGGCUUGUGGUGCUGCUGUAAUAAAUUACAAGGUGAGAGAAGAAGAAAUGAAACUUCGAGGGCACUUCUAGAACUUCUACCGUAUCCACAGGCAUUCCAUCGUUUUUUUUUUUUUUUUUCCUCGGUUUUUCGUGUCUUCCAUCGUGUUUGAAUUGUUUGUAUUAUUCCUGGUUUGUUCCAUUUUGUUAUUGUUGUUUUUCUUCUUAUUAGAAGAAUCCAUUGACCCCUCAAGGGUUUAAAAGGUGCCUUAAUUGUGUGAAGGUGGUGCGUCGAGGAUAAUCCACCCUGUAUGAAAACAUGUUAUCUUCUGAGGGACUGAUUUAAGACAGUCCUGUGCAGGUUUUGACCCAAGUAUUAGCUUACUUUGAGAUAUAUUAAAUGGUUUCUCAAAUCAAUAUGCAGCACUGAGCAUGUAUUGAUGCCCUUCUCAAAAACUUGCCUAUGUAACGUGAGAGGAUUGAAUGAGUCAUGUGACGUAGAGCACCACUUUACAGCAGUCCUCUUAAACAUGAGAGCUAACCCUAAAAAGUUGUUUGGCAGCAAAAUAGAUAUAAUGCUUUACUGAUCAGACAUAUAUUUAGUUAUCAGAUGCAGAAUUUAAUCUAGAGGGGUGAGUGAGACCUUUACAGAAAAAAAAAAGAAAAAGUAUAGGGUGCUACAUUGGGAAGUUACAGGUCUAGCGCCCCUAUUGGCUAAAAGUUACACAGCACUGCUUUAAUGGACAUAAUCAUGGAUUCCAAUAAAAAAAAAAAUUGCAGCAGGUAAAAUCC